GGGAAAGUCUGGUUAACUGUGCUCUUCAUCUUCCGGAUGCUUGUCCUGGGCACAGCUGCAGAGUCCUCUUGGGGUGAUGAACAGUCUGACUUCAUGUGCGACACCAGGCAACCUGGUUGCGAGAAUGUCUGCUAUGACAAAGCUUUCCCGAUCUCCCACAUCAGAUACUGGGUCCUUCAGAUUAUCUUUGUCUCCACCCCUUCCCUGCUGUACAUGGGACAUGCAAUGCACACGGUGCGCAUGGAGGAGAAAAGGAAACUUAAGGAGGCCAAGGAAGGCUCAAGGGCAAUCCAGAGCAAGAGUGAUGCUUUCCACCAGCAGGAAUAUCCAGCGCCAGAGAAGACUGAACUUUCCUGCUGGGACGAGCCAAGUGGGAGGAUCAUUCUUCAAGGCACUUUGCUGAACACCUAUGUCUGCAGCAUUUUAAUCCGUACUGCUAUGGAGGUAGCCUUCAUUGUAGGGCAAUACAUGCUCUAUGGAAUCUUCCUUGAGACCCGCUACAUUUGUAAUCGGCAACCAUGCCCUCAUCCAGUCGACUGCUAUGUUUCUCGGCCAACAGAGAAGAACAUCUUUAUUGUUUUUAUGCUUGCUGUGGCAGCACUCUCUCUCUUUUUAAGCCUGGCUGAACUGUAUCAUUUGGGAUGGAAAAAAGCCAAGCAGAGGUUCUCCCGCUCUUGCAAGAACAGCCCUAGCUCAGAUACUGGGAUACAGGAGGCAGAUUCCCAAGGGAAGAAAAUGACACAGAGCUGCACCCCUCCACCAGAUUUUAAUCAGUGUUUGGCCAACCCUGAUGGGAAGUAUAUCAGCCCCUUCAGUAACAAAAUGGCUUCUCAACAGAACACAGCCAAUUUUGCAACAGAGAGGGUUCACAGCCAAGAUGAUACCAUUGGGGAAGGUCCAUUUAUCCAGGUUAACUAUACACAGAAUCCUGAGGCCAGUAAUGGUUCUGCACCCAGCUUGCUCCCCAAUGGCUACUUCCAUGAUAAACGCAGGCUCAGUAAAACAAGCCGCGCCAGCAGUAAGGCUAGGUCUGAUGACUUGUCUGUGUGAAUUGCAAGUGGGAGG